AAUUCACUGCAAUAAAGCCACGCCCUAGACUACUGGUCGAUAUCCAUGAAGCAGGAAUGGUGUCUUUGCGAGUGUCUCCCUUCUUUCUUUCCACGUUUUCCUUCUUUUUUCUAAUUUAUCUACAGAAAAGCACUGUAUACAGCAUCACAUGUUACUGUUCUGGGGAAGGUGCUGAUUGUAUGGGCACUAAUAGCUGUACCCUUAAUGAUCAGUUUGGAUGCUAUUUAAGAAUUGUCGUUUUUUCUUCAGGAAAACCUAGAAAACCUUCAGUUGACUAUGGCUGCAUAGACUCAGUAGGAGUUAUCAAUAUCAAUCCUGCGGCUCUGUGCAAUACAACUAAAGAUGAUGGCAAUGAUGUGAUGCAUUUCUUUUGCUGUGAUGACUAUGAUUAUUGUAAUCAAGAUAUCAUGCAUAGCAUUGAUUUAAAUCCAGAUCCAUCUACAGCCUCUCCAACUAUUAAUGUCACUGAAUCAGUAUCAGCAACUCCUACAGUCUCCUCGAAUGAUCCCUCUCUCUACAUCAUAAUCCUGGUCACCAUCAUCUCCUCUUGCAUCAUCCUCAUACCACUCAACAUCCUUUUCUUUGCCCUUUUCAUAUUCUGCAAGAGAAAGAGAGACAGGCGACUCCCCAGACAGCGUACCAAUGACCCGGAUGUCCACCUUACCGAGCCUCAUCACUCAAACGGGAACGGUAAUGACCUAACCUCGUUCCUCCAACCUCCUCCCUAUAGCUCCACCUCUAUCGAACAUGUACAUGUAAGCGUAUCAAACGAGACCUCUAUGAGCUUCACCUCUGGCUCGGGGGCUGGGAUGCCAUUCCUUGUUAAGAGGACCAUCGCUAGGAGUAUUUUGCUUGGAGAGUCAAUCGGAGGCGGACGCUUUGGACAAGUCUACGUUGGGCACUAUCAAGGUGAGAGGUAUGCCGUUAAAAAGUUCUUCUCGAAAGACGAGCAGUCCUGGUUCCAUGAGUCUGAUAUAUAUAACUCGGUUAAUCUCCGCCAUGAUAAUAUAUUGACUUGCUUUGCGACCGAUAUGCUGUCUAAUAACGGAGUGACGGAGUUGUGGCUCAUCACCCAGUAUCAUCCUCGUGGGUCUCUAUUCGAAGAACUCAAUAGAGGAGGACUGACUCCAGAGACGACACUCAAGUUCAUCCAUUCAACCUGUCGCGGUCUGGCCUAUCUCCACUUGGAAAUUACUGGGACUCAGGGAAAGCCGUCAGUGGCUCACAGAGAUAUCAAAUCAAAGAAUAUUCUAGUAAAGAAUGACUCGACUUGUUGUAUUGCCGAUUUUGGACUAGCUGUAGUGAAGGAUAAUAAUUAUCUUAACUUUAAUAAUAAGUUAGAGAAUGUCCAGCAGGGGACUAAGAGAUACAUGCCUCCUGAGGUCAUCAAGGGAACCAUUGAUGUUCAUAGUUUUGAGUCUUUUCUGAGAGCUGAUAUUUACUCCUUUGGUCUAGUAAUGUGGGAAGUAUGCACACGCUGUCACCUUGAAGGUGAGCCUUUGGCUGAUUAUGCUCUUCCAUUUCAGUCCCAAGUGCCUCCCGAUCCAACACUUGAUGAUAUGACAGAGUUUAUCGUUGGAAAAGAAGUUAUUCCUGAAAUACCUGAGACCUGGAGCAAUAACGAGCUGCUUCGAGGCAUGUCAAGGGUAAUGUACGAGUGCUGGUAUCAUCAGCCGACAGCAAGACCCUCUGCCUAUUAUAUAAGAAAGAAAGUGGACAAGAUUGCUGAGAUGUGCGAAAUUAAGAUGGAAUUUUUGUAGCCUGCAGCAUAAUAAUGACGACAACUUGUUUGAAUAAAUUUCCGUGCUGGAUCUCACCUGAGACACAAUUUUUUAACUUUUGCAUCAUUUUUUACUCACCAUUCAUUAAUUUUUUCAUGACCUUUCGCA